CCGCCAUAUCUGGAGCCUGUAUGUAUUCGAUAAACGGGGAACACUAACUCUCUCGAUAAGCUCUACCCCCGAAUAACUCUGGAUCCUGCUCGACGACCAUGGGUACGGUGUGAAACCCGAUUCAGGAAAGGGGAGGGAGGAGAGAGAAAAAGAAAAGAAAAGAAACUUACCAUGGUGUGGUCCAAGGAACUUGCCACAGAUAGAUUACGAUUGUUUCCCCCCUGUCGGAAGAUUGCCCAGGACUCCCAUGCUAGGGCUGGGCCUACUAAAGCGGAGGACAGCGUUGCUUUACCCCAACCUAGUACUCCGGUUCAUCAGAUGUGGCCGGCUCAUGAGUCAUCAUCGUCAACGAUCUCGGAACUCUCGGAGGUUCCCACCCUCCCGAGCUCUCCGGGGUAUAUAAAGGUUGAGGGUGAUGGUGAUGGAAAUAAAGCAGGCUGUUCUGAAGCUACCCCUAUAUCUCCUACUGCGCGGCCUAGAGCCCGUCGCCCCCGCCGGAUUGAUCAUUGUGCAGAUCCUGAGAUGGUUGCUGCAUUGCGAGUGCCAGACACCAACCCUGAAAUAAUAAUCACCGACUAUCGUCGUGUAUCUCAGCGAGUUCGCGAUUCGGCGUUGAGGAGUUCUCAUGCCAGAGUCUCAAAAAUAUCCCCACUUGCUACAAGGCGUAGAUCAAAAAACACAGUGAGGCAUCCUAUGAAUCUCAAGAAAGAAGAGACGGAACACGAGUUGGCGUCUCCCGAGAUUUUAAAAGAUGUCGAAAUUUUUUCUUUAGGUGUUGCUAAUGGUAUACAACAGAUCCCACUGGCACCUAAUAAAGAUGCCAUGGCUCCCUCAAUAUUGAAGAGGAAGCAUGAUGAAAAAAGGCAGAAUUUGGGGGGUUUAGCCAUUACAGAUUCAGCCGACACUGUUGCUACAACGGAGACCGAACCUGAGUGUGUCAGUGCAAAGCAUUUACUGCUUGGACACAUUGACAACCCUUGUGAAAACAAUAUUGGAUUGGGGAGAGCACGGCGCUAUUCUGGGGAUAAAGAUUCUAGUGAACGAGGGACGCUUUCGGAACUACAUGGUAUGGUUAGAAAAGAUACCAUGUAUACUAAUGGUCGGUCUACAGAUGAUGGAGGUGAGAGCCCCCAGAGCCCCAUAGAAGAUGAAGGGCUUUCUCUGAAUGCAGAUAACAUUCUUCUCAAUGAAGGUUUUGGCUCAGAAGUACAAGAAUUUGACGAUUCUCUAAAACUCUCGGAUGAGAAUGUUUUGAAAAAACAAAAACUCAAUAACAGUCAAGUUUUAGAACUCUCAGAAGCAAAAGCUUUGGGGGGGUUCAAUGAGCCAGAUGUUCGUGACCCGCGCGUCGACGAGAAUGCAUUCCGGGUGGUAGAUGGUGUUUUAUCCAUUCCUCGUGGAUGUGAUUUUUGCGGUGAGCUUCGUUAUUUUUGUGAUCGAGCCCUACCUUGCGGUAGGUGUGUACGUACUGGGCGUGAGCGUGAAUGCAAGAGGGAACUUGGGUGGAUGCCCGCUAGGCCCAAGCAACAACGCAUCAAGCAAGGAGACGAUACCCGAGCUGCGCUGCCACCACACCCAGGAGCAUCUUCUAGCAAGAAUUUAGGGGAUUUGUCCCUCCAAAGUACAUCUGUCAUAAGAAGAGGGAGACCAAGAAAAUCCGAUGUCAGAGGUGGGGAGAUCAAGAGCGAGACCAAAAAUGAAAUCAACGAGAUGAAAAAGGUGAAACCCUUACUUUGGAGCUCAAUAGAUUUUCAAAAGAACAAGCCUCCUGGUAUUCGCAAACCAGAAGUAUGGUGUGAAACCCGCCAAGAACUUUGUGAGAGUUUGCCCUACUACCGGAGCUAUCAGGCGGGUUGCUAUGGCCAUGACGGCUUGGUGCAUGGUGGCGGAAAGUCAGGGACUGACGACAAUGGCCAACGGAGACUACUCAUGGAUCAGACUAUUGACGACAACACAAUCAAAUACCUAAUUAGAAAUAUGAAUCAGAAGUGGCCGUUGGUCUUGAUAAUGGGCAAUCAAUGUACAAACUCUCCAUCAAAGAUCCCUCAUAGAUACUGUGUGAUGGAUUGGUUCAAGGUGACCGCGGCCUGGGCUGAGAGAGACCCACUCAGCCAAUGCAUUCGGUGGAAGUUUCGGUUUGAAAAACUAAAUACCACUUCCGAUGGCUGGUGGGCUGCCACUCCAUCUGAAGAGUCAAAUCCUCCCCAGGAGAUGACCAAAGUUAGUUGCUCAAGCUGUGAGAAGGAAAGCCCUCAUAUUUAUGAAGAAGGUUGGGCUUGUCUCAAUCCCAAUUGCAAGCGCUUUUGGAUGAUUAAUGACGCUGGUAUGCCCACCAAACUUAACUACACGGAAAACUUCCUAAGUUGUCGUACCCCGUGGCCCGAAGAUUUCCUCCAGCCACCCAAUUCAUUGGCACCACCUUUGGAUACUGAACUCUCUGCCCAUGUAGAGAGUGGUGGUGUCUCGCGCCCUUUCUGGAAGGGAAUGUGUUGUCCUACAUGUGGACGUUUGAGUUGUAGAGAACUUUGGGCUGGGUGGCUUUGUCCGGCAUGCGGGUUUUCUUAUAAUCCGCCUCGCACCGUCUUUGAUGCUGCACGUCUUGCAGAUCCUCACCGGCCUGUCUACACUGGGCCCGCCAUUCCAAAUAAUUUCCACAAUGAGGAGAUAAACUCAAAGAGGUUCGUUAAAGAGGGGAUGACAGUGGUUCAGUAUCAGCUAGGAGAUUGCGGUACUGUCACACAUAUUCUGGCUAACAAGGUGAGCAACUCGAGACAUGAGGAUGCCAACUGGUUAUUGGAAAAUUAUCAAAACCUUGAUAUGCCGUUUAGGCGAUUUCCUAUGAAGUGCCAUCACUCUCAAGGAAGAUUGCUCACCCAGCAGUUUAUGUACAACUGUGGCGCUCCCUACAAAUUCAUUGUCGAUGUCAAUAGCCUCCCUUUCCACGACUCCCCCCCUGUUGUCCUAAAGGCUCUGGAUUUGAUACACCAGCGCGUCCAGUUAAUCCAUCCCGAGGCCCAGUUCAACGAGGUUCUCAAUGUGGGGUAUUUCGAAAAACAGAAAAUGGAUUAUCACGACGAUGGCGAAGAAGGGUUAGGGGAAACGGUAGCCUCUAUCUCUCUUGGUGGUUCGGCAAGAAUGAAAUUUCGUGUGAAAUCUAAGUAUAAGAGUGAUCGGCAUUGUUGGACAACCGAACCUGAGAAGCAUCCCCAAGACGCUGGGUCCGGUUACAGCAUUUGCAACGAGGAGAAUCUGGAAGAUGAAGAGGAGGAAAUUUCUGGAGAGAUAGCAGCGGGUCUUCAAACCAAUGCAUCCUCUAUGCGUGCUAAGGGAAGGUCCAAUAAAGCCAUGCUAGAUUUAUGCCUUAACCACGGCGAUGUUAUGGUGAUGAAAGGGGCAGGAAUUCAAACUCACUGGGAGGCAAGACUAUUCAGAAUUGCCGCGACUGCAAGAUAUAUAGCCCACAACGCAUCAGAAGGAGCCUCGGAGAAGCAGACAAUAUUGGAAACUGAGACGAAUAGUGAUGUUUCAGCUUUACCUUUUACUGACACCAAGUCCAUUAAGGUAGAGGACUCCACAAUAGAUGUUGACGGUAUCCAAACAAUCUCAGCCAACGGGCUCGAUGGAUCCGAUCAGUCUGGUGUGAUUUAUGAGAGGGCUAAUCCCUCCCAAAGUCCGGUUGAGCUCCAUGGGCCGGGGUUUGCCAUCUCCCCGGCUGCGUCUAUAUCACAAGAAACCUCAUCAAUUCCUGUCGCUUCGUCUCCUUGCAGAGGGCGCCAGGGAUUGAAUACUUACACACAAACUGAGGCAUCGCAGCAACCGUUUUUCCCUCAAAAUAUGCCUAUGCCCACAGAACCUAUUCCUCCCCUCGAAACUAUCGCUUCCUUCACACGCUCUAGCCACCAAAUACAAUUACCCCACCUUUAUGAUAUGGGGUCCCCACACCCUCCCCCACCCACUAACCAACCUGGAAGCUACCACAGGGGAGGGAGUCCAGAAUUCCCGAAUCCCCCAAAUACAUACUACCCCCCAACAACCCAGACACAGAUCACACCUUCAUGCCAUACCGGUCCUUAUGGACAGGGAUUGACAUCGGAUGACAGAAACUCCUACAUGCCCCCGCCGUGGUUUAAUAGACAGAGCUCACCGACAUACCCCUUCAAUAGUCACUCCUCGUACGAGCAUUACUCACCUUCAGAAGUGUACAACAUCUCAGAAAAAGCAAAUAAUAUUCAAAACACUUUUAACACCACCCCUCAGAAAUCAAAUGUUUAUCAUAACAUUUUCUGCGGCAGCGAUCAGGGAGCCAAUGAGCUCGAAAACCCCCUCACCAGCAAUGCGACUCCGAUGCAUCUAUCUAAUACGUCUGGCCUUUUUCAGAACGACAACAGCAACAACGAGGCUGGGAAUCCGGAAGCUAGCUAUGCUGGCUCCUUCGACACCGAUAGCACUGAUAAGAGGCACGUCCAGCUGCUUUAGGAAAUGUGGCAAGUGGAUCUGCGACAAGACAUUUCGGAUGCCUUUGAAUGGUGGUAAUAUAGGGUCGUUCAAGAUAAAAAACUCUCCUCCUUAUUUUCAUCAGUUUCCAUUGAUACAAAAAGCUAUCCUUCUCAUUGCUUUCACCUUGUUCCGCUCUUUUUUUUCUCUUCUUUUUUUCUUCUUUUUUAUCCUCUCUUUCAACAGCAGGGAGGCUUUAGGUCGGAUGCCUGGCUUAAAGUUUGCAUCGCGAAACAUUCUUUGAAAUAUACUUUUAAUGGGCCUUUAUUACUCUUCUUUGCGUCUCACUUGAUGAUUGCUUCCCAUUUUCAUGUUAUAAGGAUUUCGCCAGCACCUGGGGGCGAAGAUUCAGCGAAAUCUGUUUCUAUUUUUUCUCCUGAUUGCUUCUAGGUUCCGUUACGAGCACGAUUGAUUGAUGUACUGUGGAGGGGGGUUUGUGUCGGCUUAGGUGAAAAGGCCUUAUUUGAUGGUUGUACCCUUUAAUUCAAUGAAUAUCCACAAAAUUCAUGGAAA